UUGCAUUUAGGCGCGCGGGUUCCCACAGCAGUGUUCAGUGUGAACAUUUAUCCGCAUUCGGUUACAACUUCGCCUGUUGACAGUUCCCUUGAUACAUUGAGCACUCGUAGUUCUUUAUAAAGUUCAACAGUUAGCCACGUAACAUGCCAAGCGGAGCAUUGAACGAAUUCGAGUGCACCGUCGAUGGAGCCAACACCCAUCAAUCUCAUUUCCAACGGUCAUCCAUUGGAGAUGUUUGCUGGAAGUUGCAACAGGAUUCGCGACCUGAGAGUCCUGUUCGGUGCAGUGUCACCGGUAACGAUUCCAACAACAGCAGUGAUCCUUCAACAGAGCCGGUACUGAAAAGUGAUGACGGUGACAAACUCCAUGGCAACGUCAAAGGAACCAAAGAUGAGCUAGCCAAAAUAAGAGAGGGCUUUGAUGCUUGGUUAGCUGCUUUCCGAAAAUCGCGACCCCACCGUGACGUCAUUUGGCGCGUUGGAGAACGAGCCAAUUAUGUCAACACCCCACACGUUAUCGCAAUGUGUGGUCUUCCAGCUAGAGGCAAAACUUACAUCGCCAAAAAGCUCUCCAGAUACCUUAACUGGAUUGGGAUCAAUACGAAAGUUUUCAAUUUAGGAGAGUACCGCCGAAUGGCAACACCGUUGAAGAGCCACCACUUUUUUAAACAGGAAAACGUAGAGGCCAUGUCGGUAAGAGCGCAAUGCGCUCUAGAUGCGUUGGAAGACGUUUGCAAGUGGCUCGAGGCUGGCGGAGAAGUCGGGGUAUUCGAUGCAACCAAUACGACUUUCGAGCGUCGGCAGCUGAUUCGCGAAAUUAUUGUCGAUAAGAUGGGUUAUAAACUCUUCUUUGUUGAAUCUGUCUGUGACGAUCCGGCCAUUAUUGAGUCUAAUAUCCGUCAAGUGAAAAUCACCAGUCCAGACUAUGCCAAUAUGGACAAGGAAGCAGCCGUGGAAGACUUUUUACAGCGAAUUGAUCACUACCAUGAUCAGUACCAAACUCUCGACGAAGUAGAGGAGGAUUGCCUUAGUUUCAUGAAAGUAUUUAAUACAGGUGAGAAAGUGUUGGUCCACAAACACGAGGGUCACAUCCAAUCACGCAUCGUCUAUUACCUCAUGAACAUUCAUAUCACGCCAAGGACAAUCUAUUUGACACGCCAUGGAGAGAGCGCAAACAACCUUCGUGGCCACAUUGGAGGUGAUUCGGAUUUGUCGCCGCGCGGCCGCCAGUAUGCUGCCGAAUUGGGUCGUUUCAUCGAAAACCAGAAAAUCCCACAUUUGCGUGUUUGGACAUCAUGGAUGAAGCGCACUAUCCAAACAGCUCGUAACAUAGACGCGCCACAAGAAAGGUGGCGAGCACUCAAUGAACUCGAUGCAGGAAUUUGUGAGGAAUUGACUUACGAAGAGAUUCUACAAAAAUACCCUGAAGAUUUUAAAGCACGUGAUACUGACAAGUUUCAUUAUCGAUAUCCCAGAGGAGAAUCCUAUGAAGACCUCGUAGCUAGGCUAGAACCUGUGAUUAUGGAAUUGGAACGCCAAGAGAAUGUCAUUGUAGUUGGGCACCAGGCUGUGCUUCGUUGUUUGCUGGCCUACUUUCUGGAUAAGAGUGCUGAUGAACUUCCCUAUAUCCAUGUUCCUCUGCACACUGUCAUCAAGCUCACUCCGGUGGCCUAUGGUUGCAAAGUGGAAAUGAUUCCGAUUGGCAUUGAAGCAGUUGACACGCAUCGCCCAAAGCCACAGGUACCCGGGCACCUAGAGGAAAAGUUUCGCCGUCCCAACGUCAUUCAAUCUGCAGACUCAAUCGCCCAAAGAAGCUCUGACUAAUGCAAAAGCCCUUCAGCGCAUUUUUCAAAGAAAACUAGGCCAAUUUUCCAUUUUUAAAAGCAACUGAAUAUUAUAGGAGACAGAUCUGUUCAUUGAUCUGUGCAACGAGAGCGGGUUUCCCAUUCGUCGCUUUCACUUCUUGCUAAAUGAUAUAGAUCUUUCUAUUCUAAAAAUAUAGUAUCUCACACUGUGUGUGGGAACUAGUUGUGACAACUGUUGUAAUUUGUCUUGCAUUCUUUCGAACCUCGCGGAUAUAUAUAUUGAUAUUUUUCGCUUUGAAAAAUGAAUCGGAAGUUAUUUAAUGAGUCUCUGAUGGAUUAGUUCGAUGCACAGACGUUCACUAAAAACAUGUAUUCCUCUGAAGUCCCUAAAGAGCUACAGAAAAGCCAAGUACUCAACAAAGGUUUGAGGAAUCGGGACGAAUUUGUAACGACCACUGCUGUCCUUGAGUUUGUUUCAUCUUUCUUUUUGCUGCUAUUACUCAAAUCAUUGUCUUCUCGAGAGAACAUGAUAAAUCCAAAGUGAACAUUU